AUGGCAAGCACGGUUAACAAUGAUGCAUCACCAACUGUCUAUCGUCCUAUCGAAAGACAUGAAUACCAGCAAGCAUUCGACUUGUGGUAUACUGUGUUCAAAACCGCACCACCAGGAUUUUUCGAACGUUAUUUAGCUUCAGAAGCAUCACCACGAUACCAGAUAAAUGAUACAUUAGGUGCAUGGCAUGACGGUAAGCUAGUCAGUGCCGUGCAUAUUCGGCGGCUCAUAUUUCGAUUGAAAGAUGAUAAUCAAGAGUAUCUGUGUGCUGCCAUUUCAAAUGUAGCAACUUUACCGGAGUACCGGAUGCGAGGUUACUCACGGAAUCUUCUUCGUCUCGCUCUACAUAAGAUGGAAAACGGUGCUGAGUUCGACAUGUCAUGUUUAGACACUCCACGGCAUAAUCACUACUCUGUCCUCGGAUGGGAACAAGUAACUGUUCCUUGUCCAGUCAAUAUACACUGGGAAGACUUGAAUCAUGACAGUCACAAUAUUGAAUGGUGGCCAGCAUCUGAUGUGCUACUAUCAGAUGGUCAACUACUAUUGAAAAUAUACUCCAACAAUCCACGUGCAUAUCAGUUCGAUCGUGCACCAUUGGCUAUGUUUCAGCACUGGACUGGCUUUUAUUGGCGUAACGAUGAAGCCAUUAUAUGUGUACUAGAUGAUGAUGAACAAGGCUAUGUGGUGAUUAAAAAACCGAACCAUCAGGCUGAUGUGUGCAUAUCUGAAUGGCGAGCAGCGAACAUCGACGUCGAGAAGAAAUUAUUAAAAUUGGCAGCUAUCGAGAUUCGACGACGACAUCCACAGACAAAAGUAAUACGCUUACAGGGUGUUCCACAAUAUAUAAGUUUGGACGGAUUGAGAGAUUGGGCUGGUGCGGUAGAUGUCGAGAGAAAUCCAAACACAAUGUUUCGUAACCUUCGACUUCCAGAAGAAACUUUUCAAGAUGUCAAGGCUGCUUUCUAUUCUGGAAAAGCCAUUUGGUGGUUGGGUGACUACUUCUAA